UAACCGGAAGUACGGUUAGUUUACAUGGAGAUGUCACUCAACAAGAUCUCACGCACUUACUGUCCGUAAUGUGAUCAUAAUGGAUUCUUUUCAGCUGUGCCAACAGAUUGAAAGAUGGGCCGACUGAAACCUUUGGGAUGGACAUUGGUCAAGAUGGAGCCUAAGUGACCAGUGUUUUAAGAAAUAUUGUGUCACUAUGGUUCAGCUUGGGAGCCUCCUUGAUGACGAGGAGGGUGUCACACCUGUGGCACCUCCUCAGAAAUAUUCCCUCAGAAAGUCAAUAAAACCAUUCGUCUGCUCAACACCGGAUGACUUCACGGAAGAGCGUGAAUUUCUAAAUCAGAAAAUUUUUCCACAAAUAAAUGAGUUAUACAUGAUGCGUGGAUGCCGAUUUUCUCCAGUGGAUAUUCCGUGGGGAAUGCAGGAUGACCAAAUAGCCACUGGUCAUCUUUUGAGACUAAAUCUGGAAUAUAUUUGUAAGUGUUUGCCCUACUUUCUGUGCCUUUUGGGUGAGCGCUACGGGCCCUACAGGCCUGUUGACUCACCCUCACUGCCAAAAAAAGUCACCCAACUUCCUGAAUACGCAACUUCUCUCGACCGCAACUAUCUGGUGGCCGCCUCGGCUGGCUAUCAAUGGGUGCUUCAGGAACACCACCAAAACAACAGUCUCACAGAGCUUGAAAUCAUCCAUGCCACUUUCCUCAACGAUUGCGACUAUGCUCAUUUUUAUUUUCGUCAGCCGGAGCAUCUGGACAGAAAAUUCGGACAUUUGUCAGACGAUGCUCGACGAAAACUCAGCAAACCUUACCUCCCUGUCAAUGAGUAUGACGACCUUAAUAUCAGGGAUUUGAAACAGAGAAUCGUUAACAAAGGUCUUGCCGUGAAAUACUUUAAAAGCCUGGAAGAGUUAGGUGUCCAUGUUAUGAAGGAUUGGACCAAGGUUGUAGAUCUAGUUUUCCCACCGCUAGAAUACUCCAUAGCAACGCUUGACACAGAAGAUUAUCAGGAAUGGGUAAACAAUGCAAUGUUCGCUGACAGUCGCCGUCAGGUGUUUGUCAACUCCGUAGAAAUUAAGGCACUACAUGAGGAAAUGACAACAUUUGCCAAGGCUGCACUUGACGACCCUCCAGAGGAAGUCCAGGAACUAAUGGACCGUUUCAAGUCCUAUUCCAUUGUUUCAAAGCUAAAAAAGAAGAAGCCCCAGGCAGUGCAGUACCAGUCUAUGAUGUUGAUACACGGUGACCGAGGCAGUGGUAAGAGUACGGUCGUGGCUAACUGGUUACCAGGGUUCAUGGCAAGUCACCCCGAUCUCAAGGUCAUCAGCCAUUUUGUGGGUAGCAGCCAUCGUAGUACCAACAUCUCUGUGUUCCUGAAGCAGUGUAUCAAGGAACUACGGGAGGAAUACCUCAGACCAGACUCGGAGGUGGAUCAGCCUCGAAUCACUGAAGAAGACCAGCCCUGGAGUUUUGAGGAGGUGUCCCAGGCGUUUGUGUCUGCACUUUCUCUCGGCCCCUGUGUUAUUGUCCUUGAUGGCAUUGAUGAACUCGGUCUCACCCUCGGCCAGACCAACAGACAGAUUAAAGAGUUCAAAUGGCUGCCAUUCCCCCUACCUCCGCAAUGUCGAUUUAUCUGUACAACCUGUCGCUCAGAUUUGUCCUAUCACGCCAUGACGAGUCGCCGUGACAUUGUUUCACGUCCUGUUCCGCUACUUAAUACAGACAAACUGAGGACAAACUUCCUGGAAGAACAUAUGCAGCAUCAUUUCAUGUACCUCAAACCUGUUGACUUUGAAAACAUACAUUCCUUGAAAGCAUGCAACAAUCUGCUCUAUCUGAACAUUCUCUGUAACGAGAUGCAGACUUUUAAUGUACACGUACAUCUGACUCAGUACCUUGACGACGUUUACGACAAUUGUACUUCACUGAGAGAAUUGUGUGUUCAGUGUUUCCAACGCUGGACCAAGGACUACAGUUGGCAGAAAGAGAACUUGUACGGGGACUCAACAGAAAUGGAACCAGAGCUAGUUGUUCCAGAGAAAACGAAGGAAGAGUUUGAAGGCUGGGUUCCUGAUGUCCUCCGACUCUUCGCUGUUUCCAAAAUGGGUUUGACCGAGACCGAUUUAUUUGCUCUCCUCCAAAGAAUUGGCUACACAGGAAGUCGCAUUGUAAGGAAAUUUGACUGGCUGCAAUUCCGCACCUGUCUCGGAAAUCUCCUUUACGAAGGUCCGGAUGGGAGGCUCGUCUAUGCCCAUCAGCACUUCAAGGAAAUUGUGGAAUAUUUGUUGCUCCGUCGAGCAAAAAGGAAGAAAAGCAAACGGAUCCAACGAUUACAGUAUAAUAUUAAUUCGUUCAAGUCUGGCGGCUCUGAAGUGACCGCCCACGAUGCAGCCAACAGAGAAUGGAAGGGAGAGAAACAGAAAUUCCAUAACCACAUGACAAAGUACUUAAAACAACUACCGUUCUCUGAUGCCAUCCUUCUGGGGUUGCCAUACCAACUGGUGAUGGCUGGGGACUUCGAGGCGCUGGCCAAGGUCCUCACUGAUCCUGUAAUGAUAGAUGGUUUCCUGAAUGAAGAGAGACAAUGUCCAUCAAACAAACUUGACCUUGCCUAUUACUGGUCAGUUUUGGCUGGUCAAGGCAUCGACAUAGCGUCCACCUACACACAGCUACUGACUAGUCUGGGCAUACUGGACAACCAGUCAGAGGAUGGCAACGAUACUGUCUUAUUUAGUGAGAAUGGGGACGCUGUGUCCGUAUCUACACUGGGCGAGAAUGGAGAGGUGUUCAAACCACACGUCUUCACCAACGUACCUCGAAUCGUCACAUCAUCACCGCAUGAUCAGCGCACACUGUCAGUGAUAGAAGAGACGUCUAGUGUCACCGACAGUUUCAGGUAUGGAGAGGAUGGAGAGGAUGAACUGCCAAAAAUCACGAUAUCAGAGACACAGAACGGGAUAGACACGAUCUUCUUAACGGAGUCUAAAACAAGUAUUACUUCAGAUCAGGGGCCAAAGGAGAUUGUGCUGACCUCAUCAGUUUUCAAGCUUGCCUUCAUGAUAGCUGGCUUUCUCAAAGACACCGGUUAUCCCAAGGUCACCGACACCAUAUGUAGGGCAAUGAAUGGCAAACUGGACAAGAACUACCCCCUGUCCGAGGAUGACCAACUCCUACAUGCCCGGGUCCAGGAGAUGAUCGGUCAGUUCAGUAAGGAGGUGGAAAACGACAUGGAACAGACAGAAAAGUGGUUCCGACGUGCCCUCCGAACCAUCAUGGACAUUUCUGACCUGGAAAUUGAGGAAGGAACACCUAAAUACUUGGAGAUCACCAAUCUGAAAGGUCGGUUAUUAAAUCACCAUGGUUACCUGAGGCUACAGCAAGGCAGCCUGGAUAGUGCAGAAGACUUGCUGAAAGAAUCACUGGACUGUGUGACCAGCUGUGGUAACCUAGCAACCAGGGCAACCAUUCUCUACAACCUAGGCAGUCUUAGGGCCCAGCAAUAUGAGUUCCUAUUAGGAGAGAGUUCUUUGCGACAGUCUCUGCUUAUACGGGAACAGUGGUACGGACGUACGCAUCCUCUAGUGGCAGACAUCUUGUACACCCUAGCAGGCAUUAUGGGAAAUCCUAACAAUAUCCGAGGUUAUGACAAAGUGGCAGCUGAAACAGUGUACAGACGAUCGUUAGAAAUCAGAGAGACAUGUCUCGGCACGAGUCACUUAACUGUCUCUGACAUCCUGGUGGAAUUAGCGAAAUUGGUGCAGGAAGAAUCAAGUCAAGGCGCUAAGGAUGAAGCGGUCAAAUUAUUACAAAGAGCUCUGGACAUCAAGACUACCCAUCUAGGCGGAGACCACAUAGACACUCGAGCUGUGCGUUCCUACCUGAGCAAGCUGGAGGUCACGCUGAAGAUGGGGCGCUACGAGUUUGGUCCGGCUAAACCUACUGAUGUAAGGUCAACUGAACGUCCAUACAGCAACAUGUCAUGGCGGGAAAAAGACAUGAUCAAUCUUGAGCGACGGGCCAAGUCCCGGUCAUCCAGUCGAGGAGGUAGCUCAGUUUAUUCAAACUCGCGUCCAAACAGUGGUAAGAAUGACAUAUCAUACAGUCAACUCAGUCGACACAGUAGUCUCAGUUUCUUAAGUGCAUCUGAGAAACUCAUGCUGGAGUCGGAACGUCCUCGACUUUUACACAGGGGAACACUAGACAGGCGUCUAAGAACAUCCUCACCGAAAGGUACUCACUCUUCACCCGAGGAAAAUUCUAUUUCUAGGAAAGUGGAAAUCAAUCUCAACCCAACACAGGAAGAAGCUGAGGAUUCUGAGAAGGUUGGUGAGACACGUGUUGCAGAUCCGCAGAUUGAUAGUUUUGCUGAUGAUAUCGGUGGUAUGGAUCGAGCAAUGCUUGCCAGGUCUGUAGGCAAACAGGUGACCACCUUCGAUGUCCCCGACAGUUCAGAUAUGGCUCCUAUACGUCUGUAUAAUCGUUAUGGCAGUGCAGGAAGUUCAAGGUCAAUGUCUCCGCGUCAACCUCAGAACAGCAAGACAAACGUUCGGAAUGGCAGUGCUAAAAGUGGUAGUUCCUUCAUUACAAGUGCUAGUCGAAUGUCUCGAACCACGUACAGCAGCUCGCGUAGUCGCAGUGUUAUGAGCCCACAUGCGAUCACCCCUGGUAACACGCGUUCUAUAACAUACGGCCCAAACAGCGAUGUCAGUAGCCUGCUUGGCCCUCCAACAACUCCGAGAGAUAUAAAAAAAGAUUACCAUCAUAAGUCAGCGUGGUAUCAUGUGCCGGGUCGUUAUACCACCUACACACAGGAGUAUCCCCAAAAACGAUCUCAAAAGACUGCCUCAGCUCAAGCCUAUCAAAACCGGCUCACUAACUCACCUAGUGGCGAAAGGAAGAAAAAGUUCACACCCUCCAAAACAACCAGACAUCAACAAAAUGGACGCCAGAAAAACAAAGAUAAUAUUCAAAAUGAGGCCAAUAAUUUUGGACCGACAGUGAAAGGUAUUGGACCCGUGUGUACAGAUUUUGGAGAUGACGGUUACCAUGACGAUUUGUUUACGACAGGUGGAGCUGGUUACGAACAGUAUCAGCCCCCUAGCAACAACCACGGUAUCAGUGUGACAUUCAAAGAGGCAGCUGUAGUAGUAGACUGAGGCAAAGGGAGAUAACUCAUCAAUAACUUUAAAUCGGAAGUUUUUUUACAGGUUUGAUUAGUAUGUUAUCAGAGUUUGUAUUUCGCAACCAAGAAUUGUCAGACCUGCUACAUUCCAAUGGUAAUGCAUGAUGUACACAUUUUAACUAUAUGACAGCAUGGUUACUUAUAUUUUUUAUGGCAACUUGAAGAAAUGUUUCAUGUUGUCCGAUAAACGUUUAUCUUUCUGUUACAUCAUGUUUACGUGUAGAUGAAAAUAUAGUAUUUUUAUCUAGUUAAUUAAUAUAUUAAUAUCUGUCUUGUUACAUAUUUAAUGUUAUUUCUUUAAUAGGUAUAGGAAUGUUAUGCGCAAUACAAAGUAGAUUUUCUACACCUUUAUAUUAUUUCAUUCAUUUCAAUGACAUUUUUUGGGGAACUAAAAUAUUAAGGUGUCUGUCUUUAUAUAUUGUUUGUGUUUAUGUUUGUAAAUCAUACUUGAAUGUAAAAUUAAUUUCGGGUAGAAGUUUUAAUAGCAUGUCAUUUUAAGCUUCAAUUUACCAUUGAUCCGUUCCUGUUCCAAGUAUCAGAGAGAUUACCAUUAAUUCAUUAGGACACCAUAUGAUCUCAAACUUUGGAAUGGUAUUAAUUAUAAAAUGUCAUCGUUAUUUUAGAGGUUUAUAAACAUUAAUCGAUGUUCCAUAUUUACACAUGUGACAUAUUUAAGGAUCGACAAGCUAAUUUGGUAACAUUUUGUUAUUAAUAAAUUUUAACUAAUUUAUGUUCAGAGCUAGCAUACCAGUGACCCAUGUCACAUAUGCCUCUUGCUUCCUAUUUUUUAACACCAACUUCUAUACAAUUUUCCAACAGAUCGUUUCUUUCUAGUUUCCUUUUAGUUAGAUUAUCUUUUUUUAGCUUGGAAAUUAUUGAUAGGAACAAUUUCUUGUUUUUGUGUAAACAGAUUUUUUUU